GAGGAAGAGGGCGAACGUCCUGCACGAGGACAGGUGAAUCACCAUGACGACAGAGCCAGGUGAGCCAGAGGAGUCAUUCCCUGAAGCUGCUGCCCACUCCACACCUAAACAGGGCGGGGAGGGCCGGCUGUCCCACAGCCAAGCUCACAGCUCAUUGGGCGAGGACUCAGCGAGUCACCUGUCGUCCAAUAGCAGGCUCGCACGCUCUCCGGCCAGAAACCCGCUGAGCUUCAGGACCAUGCAGACCAAAGUAACCCUGCUGGACGGCUCGCUGUUCACCUGCACUGUGGAGAAACGAGCUCGCGGCGUUCAGCUGUUUGAGAAAGUUUGUGAACACAUCAACCUGCUGGAGAGAGACUACUUUGCCCUGUCCUUCAGGGACACAGACAACAACAAGAACUGGUUGGACCCGGCGAAGGAGAUGAAGAAGCAGGUCAGAGGUGUCCCCUGGAACUUCUCCUUUAAUGUCAAGUUUUACCCUCCUGACCCCGCACAGCUCUCUGAGGACAUCACCAGGUACUUCCUGUGUCUCCAACUCAGACAGGAUAUAGUUUCCGGUCGUCUUCCGUGUUCGUUUGCGACUCACACCGUCCUCGGCUCCUACACUGUCCAAUCAGAGCUUGGAGACUACGAUCCAGAUGAGUGUGCUUCAGAUUACAUCAGUGAACUCUGUUUCGCUCCGAAUCAAACAAAAGAGAUGGAGGAGAAAAUCAUGGAGCUGCACAAAACCUACAGGGGAAUGACGCCGGCUGAAGCAGAGAUGCACUUCCUGGACAACGUGAAGAAACUCUCAAUGUACGGAGUCGACCUUCAUCACGCUAAG